AUGCAAGAUCCUCCUGUUGCAGGAAAUGAUAAUGUACCAUUUUGGUCUGGAGUAAGCCAUUUCACGAAUGUUAAUUGGGAAUAUCCAGACCAAGAAUUGGAUGAUAUGAAUGGAGCACAAAUACCUAACUGGCAGAUCGGCGACGAGCUAUAUAAGGACCAAAUGUUUGACACUAAGCAAGAUGUACAGAUGGCAAUUAAACAAUAUUUUAUGGAAAAUCAUCGCACAACAGUCGUUCUGAAAAAAAUGAUAAGAGAGGAGCCCAGUGUCAAAAUUGGCCUUAUCCAAGAAAGGAUCGCUACUAGCCUUGGAUUCCAUAUAUCGUAUAGGAAGGCAUGGAAGGCAAAGCAAAAGGCUAUUGUGAAAGUUUUUGGUGACUGGGACGAGUCGUAUGCGUUCUUACCUAGGUGGCUGGAUUACAUGUUGCGUUUUUCUCCCGGAUCCGCAUAUAAGCUGGAUUUGCGUGACCAUUUCAUUGAUGGAUGCCUAGACCAAGCUCACAAGGUUUUAAGAAGGGUGUUUUGGACAUUUAAACAGUGUUGUGAAGCAUUCAAUUAUUGCAAGCCAAUAAUCUUGAUCGAUGGAACACAUCUAUAUGGCAAAUAUCGUGGGACCCUAAUGAUUGCUACAGCUGUUGAUGGCAACAAUUACAUUCUUCCAAUUGCAUUCGCUAUCGUGUCUGCGGAGAAUACUGACAACUGGUCAUGGUUCUUAGCACUUAUUCGAAUACAUGUUACGCAAAAACACGGAAUCUGUCUGAUUUCUGAUCGGCAUGCGGGUAUCUUGUCUGCAGUCAACAAUGCUGAUCUAGGAUGGUCUCCACCACAGGCAUAUCAUGUGUAUUGCCUUCGCCACGUGGCCAGUAAUUUCAAUCACAAGUUCAAGAAUGUCAUGUUGAAGAAGCAGUUGAAGAAGUCAGGAUAUACAACAUCGCGCUUUGACUUUGAUGCUAGUUUAGAGAAAUUUAGAGAAACAAGCCCUCAAAUAGCUGCUUGGAUUGAUCGCAUCCCGAAAGAGAAGUGGAGCAUCUCUUACGAUGAACAAGGAAGAAGGUUUGGCCACAUGACAACUAAUCUGUCAGAGUGUGUUAACAAAGUUUUAAAAGGGGCAAGAAACCUUCCAAUUACGUCACUCGUGCGUAUAACUUACAGUAGACUGGUGGCAUAUUUUUUAGAGCACGGACAGGAAGCCCGUGAGGAGCUUGACAGAGGUAAUCGCUUCGCCAAAGUCAUGUGGCGACUAUAUGUUGACAAUCAAAGUAAAGAUGCGACACAUUACGUAACAUCUUAUGACGCGCAAAGGACAAGAUUUGAAGUGCAAGAGUCGUAUAAUGUCCGGACUCAUCGCAAGGGACGAAAAUGGUCGGUUUCUUUAUCUGACCGUACAUGUCAGUGUGGUGAGUUCACUGCUUUCAGGUUCCCAUGUAGCCAUGUCAUUGCGGCAUGUACAUCGACGCAUCACGAUCCCACAUUGUACAUAGACCCUGCAUACAGUGCCAAGAAUCAAUGUGAAAUUUAUUCGGGUCAAUGGUAUCCAAUUGGUAACGAGGAUUUCAUACCGCCAUUUGCACAUGCAACAGUUAUACCAUAUGUGUCUAUGAGACGUCAACGAGGGAGGCCAAGAAGUACACGUAUUCACAAUGAAAUGGAUUCGCGUGAAGGGGCAAUUACUCGAACAAGGUGCGGUUAUUGUAGGGUUGUUGGGCAUAAUAAACGAAAUUGUCCUUCGCGCCAGCAACCACAACAAUGA